AAGAGACAUGCGCGCUGCCGCCGCCGCCGCUGACUUCCUCCUCCUCCAGCUUCUUUCUGGUCUGUGUCUGUGUUGAUAGCGGCUUCUGCUUCCACACGUGUAAUCAUUCCUAUGUGAAUCUCUCUCGUCUGGACCCACUCACACGCUCAUCCUGCUUUUUCAGAACAGGUGUAAAGCCAUAGAAACAGACCACCAUGGGGGCAUAUUUGUCGCAACCUAACACAACCAAGACCUCUUCCGAUGGCGGCAACACCAACAUUAGCUACGGUUUCUCUGCCAUGCAGGGCUGGAGAGUCUCCAUGGAGGAUGCCCACAAUUGUAUCCCAGAGUUUGAUGAGGAGACGGCCAUGUUUGCUGUGUAUGAUGGGCACGGAGGUGAAGAGGUGGCUCUGUACUGUUCAAAGUACCUUCCUGACAUCAUCAAGGAGCAGAAAACCUACAAAGAUGGCAAACUUCAAAAGGCUCUGGAGGAUGCUUUCCUCGCCAUCGACAGCAGAAUGACCACAGAGGAAGUCAUCAAGGAGUUGGUUCAAAUCGCUGGACGCCCCACUGAAGAGCCACCGGCGGAAAAGGUCGCAGAGGAGGACGACUUGGACACAGAGGAGGCAGCUUUGCUCCACGAGGAGGCCACCAUGACCAUAGAGGAGCUGCUGGUUCGCUACGGCCAGAACCUCAAUGCUGUCAAACAUGCAGCUGCUCUCAGUGCUGCCGCUAAGAAGGCGUCCUGCCCGCACCCCGAGACCUCAGUGGACAAAGAUGCAAGUGCUGGUGCGCCAAAGAAAGAGGGGCUAAAUGGAGAGGUGGAGGAGGAGAGCAAUGGGAAGGUGAAGGAGGGCGCAUCGUGUGGGUCUAAGCUGCGAGCAUGUCGGAGAACGGGAGGAGGCGAAGGCAGUGGCGCAGCAGCUGACUGCGGAGGCUCAGGAAGCUCCAAUGGAGAAGAAAAGGCUGGGAAGGCCGAGGGAGACGCAGGUCCAUCCUGCUCCUCUUUGUCCUCGAAGGCUGCAGGCGAUUCCAAGUCCAGGUUUUUUGAUGACAGCGAAGAGUCUGAGGAGGGCGAGGAGGAGGAGGGCAGCGAUGAGGAGGAUGGCAGCGAAGAGGAAGAAGGUGACAGCAGCGAGUUAGAAGAAGAGGAGGAUACAGAGGAGGGAGAGGAAGACUCGGAGGAGGAAGAAGAGGAGGAAAUGUGUUUACCUGGAAUGGAUGGCAAAGAGGAGCCCGGUUCAGACAGCGGCACCACAGCUGUUGUCGCUCUGAUCCGAGGGAAGCAGCUGAUCGUGGCCAAUGCUGGAGACUCUCGCUGUGUGGUAUCUGAACACGGCAAAGCUGUGGACAUGUCCUACGACCACAAGCCAGAGGACGAGGUGGAACUAGCUCGCAUCAAAAAUGCAGGAGGGAAAGUGACCAUGGACGGAAGAGUCAACGGUGGACUGAACCUCUCCAGAGCCAUCGGCGACCACUUCUAUAAGAGGAACAAGGCUCUGCCGCCCGAGGAGCAGAUGAUUUCUGCAAUGCCAGACGUGAAAGUCCUGACGCUCAACGAGGAGCAUGACUUCAUGGUCAUUGCCUGCGACGGCAUCUGGAAUGUGUUGAGCAGUCAGGAGGUGGUGGACUUCAUCAGUGAGCGGAUCAAACCAGACAAGGACGGCAAAGUCAGGUCCCUGUCGUCCAUAGUGGAAGAGCUGCUGGACCACUGUUUGGCUCCCGACACGUCCGGAGACGGGACGGGAUGCGACAACAUGACCUGCAUCAUCAUCACCUUUCGAGCGCACCCGUCCUCCGACCAGUCAGACGACACAAAGAAGAGGAAGCACCAGGAGGAGGCGGAAGGGACUGAGCCAGAGGAGAACGGGAACGACAGCAAAAAGGCAAAAAGUGACUAAAGGAAGAGAGGAGCUGUCCCAGAAGGAGCAGCUGGUCCCAGGCCACCCCAGAUACACCAGAGACACAUUCUGUUCAAAAUUAAAUCCUUACCUCACACACAACAUUUCACUAUGAAACAGACAUUACAAAGGCUAUAUAUAUAUAUAUAUGCUCAAAGAUCAGCUGAAAUCAGGUCAUCACACACCAUGCUAUUGUUUCUUUUGUUUGGUCCAGUUGGACAAAGCGGCACGUACUUUGAGUUCUUAAAAUCUGAAGAGGAAGCUAAACACCACAGCGGUUUCCAUGUAUUUGUAACCAGGAUGGCCCAGUCUACAGAGAUUGGUGUGUAUUUCUAAACAUUUUAGGGACGCGCCACCAUAUCUGCAGGUACCGCCCUCUGUCAGUGUUAAAAAUCCCCCUUUCAUGCGGCGGCUUCAGUCUGUUUUAGUGAAAGUUUGAGAAUAGUUUCACCUGCGUCCGAUCACUGAACACGUUUUGCUGUGACCAUGCAUUCCCAUCGUGGCUUUGUAGUAUAAAACACGCAGACAUUAAGCCGCACAGUGCUCUCAGAGGAUUGUGUUGACUCGGUGCCGCAACACCAUGAAUUUCUUCUUGGCACCGUCUCAUGUCCUGCUAACUAAAGGCUGCAGAUUGGCAAUGCACAGAGGUGACUGAGGAGACAUUACUAUCGUGUGUUACCACAUCAAAGUGAUGCAGUGAGAAUGUUGGUCUAGUGUAGCUCUGAAUGUGUCUGUACCUUGUUUCAGGCUCUGUUUGAGGAUGAUGUUGACAUCUUAACCUGAGUUUGUUCAGGGACUCCACCCAUCAUAAAAAAAAAAGAGGAACUGAUGGAUUUGGGGAACGUGUCCAGUUGCUCUAGUUUGCCAUUUAUUAUUUUUUUUCCUAUUAUCUUUUUUUUUUUUCCAGUCUUGCUUGUCUCGUCAUAUUAACAGCCCUAUGCGUCGCCAUUAUUCUGCCUUUUUUUUCAUUCCUGCUUUGUGUCUUGAUCAAUUAAUCUGUAUAUGUCAAGAUGGGAAACAUGCCAGGCUUUAUGGAGCUGCUGUACUUUCCACAUGUGAGACGCGAUAGCAGGAAAACAGAGGCAUGCCUUUCAUGUCCAUCCAGAGAGAGGUGGCGAUUGAAGCCGUGGGCUAGCCCAACACACACAGCUCGACUGCAGCCUCCCUCGUCCACUCAUUGUCCCUGUCUGUCCCCCUGCUCCUAUUGUAACACCGUUUUAAAGGUCUCUCUAGGACAUGUGUUUUAAGUCAAAAGUCCACUCUGAUGUUUAGUUGUUCAUUUUUGAUUAAUCAGUCCUCUGGCAGUGUUGUUUUUUUUUUUUCUUCUUUUUUUAAUGAAAAUCCUUUUUGUGAGCACACUCUGAAAAUGCCUUGACUCUUUGCUGGGAUGUGCAAGGUCACUUUUCUGAGUGGAAAUCCAAUUUGAAGUUUGGAGCACCAAGACAGUGUAACUGUUGAGAUUUUUCUUUCUUUAUUUGCAGGAGCCUCAUUUAAGACAUCGCGCGACUGUAAGUUUGUUUCUAGUGUACUAUCUUGUCACCAUGCCCUUUUUUCUGUACAUAGUUUUUUCGAUACUUGUAAUUGAAGAAAAAGAAUAUGCUUUUUCUUGUAAUUGUGAGUCAUUGUGACAUUUUGGUGCAUACUCUUUUGACACCAGUAUGUAAGUACAUACAAAUACAUUUUUUAAAUAAUCAAAA